UCUCAGGUGACCAGGAAUGACUGGGCCAUGGAGAUGUGGCUGAACCAGUCAUCCGAAGGCGGCUUUGUCCUCCUGGGCAUCUUCUCCUACAGUCCAGCCGACCUCGUGCUCUUCUCCGCGGUGAUGGUGGUCUUCACAGUGGCCCUGUGUGGGAACGUCCUCCUCAUCUUCCUCAUCUACGUGGCCCCCCAGCUGCACACACCCAUGUACUUCUUCCUCAGUCAGCUCUCCCUCAUGGACCUCAUCCUGGUCUGUGACAUCGUGCCGAAGAUGGCGGUCAACUUCCUGUCCGGCAGGAAGUCCAUCUCCUUUGUGGGUUGUGGCAUCCAGAUCGGCUUCUUCGUUUCUCUCGUGGGAUCUGAGGGGCUCUUGCUUGGACUCAUGGCUUACGACCGCUACGUGGCCAUCAGCCACCCCCUUCACUACCCCAUCCUGAUGAGUCGGAGGGUCUGUCUCCAGAUCGCUGGGAGCUCCUGGGCCUUCGGGAUAACCGACGGGCUGAUUCAGAUGGUGGUGGUAAUGACCUUCCCCUACUGCGGCUCGAGGGAGGUGGACCACUUCUUCUGCGAGGUGCCAGCUCUACUGAAGCUGGCCUGUGCAGACACGUCCCUCUUUGAUACCCUGCUCUUUGCUUGCUGUGUCUUCAUGCUUCUCCUCCCCUUCUCCAUUGUCGUGGCCUCCUAUGCACGCACUGGGGGCUGUGCUCCGCAUGCACUCUGCUCGGGCUCGGAAGAAGGCUCUGGCCACCUGCUCCUCCCACCUGGCAGCGGUCUCCCUCUUCUACGGUGCAGCCAUGUUCAUCUACCUGAGGCCUAAGCGGUACCGGGCCCCGAGCCAUGACAAGGUGGUCUCUGUGUUCUACACGGUUCUUACUCCUAUGCUCAACCCCCUCAUUUACA